AUGCGGAAGAUCUCUUCGUGGGGGCUUGCCCAGUGCCUCUUCUGGGCUUGCGUAUCUGGUAUAGGAGAACGGACUGAUUGCGAUCCCGUUUUCUUAACGACGACGGUUUUCGCUACCAAGACCAUCUAUACGUCUGCUCCGUCGAAUGUGACUAGCAGUACAAAGGUGCCAUGGACUAAUUCAACUACGACGGCGAGUUCAAGCUCAAGAAUCACAAGUAGCUGGGAUGUUCCAAUCGGAAAUUCUACUACUAGUAUCACUGUUCCUUCAACUACUAUAUCAUCAACUUCAGUCCCGUUCGGGAAUACCACUACAAGUGUUAUUAUCCCUUCGACCUCAUCAACUGUACUUCCACCUGGGAAUACCACUACCGGUGUAAUUAUUACCCCAACUACAACAACUACAGCUCCUCCAUUUGGAAAUAGUACCUCGAGUGCCACUGUCCCCUCAACCACAAUAUCAUCGACCUCGGUUCCGUUUGGAAACACUACUACACCUCCAUUUGGAAAUACUACUACAAUAUCAUCGACCUCUGUUCCAACUACUGUAGAUCCACCAAGCACAACUUCGGCAGCUACAUCACCGACAGCAAAACCCACUCCUCCUUUCGGCGGGUUUCCGCCGCUACCGCCUGGUCCCUUUAGAGGAUUCAAGAAUGGAGCCUACUUCACGAAUUGGGGCGUCAACUCGGGCUUUCAUCCCCAGGAGUUACCAGUCUCUGAGCUUACGCAUAUCUACUACGCGUUCGCCGACAUAGACGUAGACGGAACAGUGAAGUCUUCAGACCCCGUCGUAGAUCUCCAGAAGCGUUACCCAGACGACUCGCUCUCGAAUCGUACUGCGAACGCUUACGGCGCCGUUAAGCAGCUAUACAUCCACAAGAAGCGGAACCGGAACCUUAAGGUGCUCCUUUCGAUAGGCGGAUGGAACUACUCACCGAAGUUCGUAACGGCGGCUGCUACCGACGCUGCGAGGUACAAGUUCGCGACUUCUGCCAUGAAGCUCGUUACGGACUGGGGUUUCGAUGGUAUCGACAUUGACUGGGAGUACCCAGUCAACGACGUCGAAAAGGAGAAUUUAGUCAAGCUGCUUCAGGCUUGUAGACAGGCAUUCGAUAGACACGCACUCCUCCACGGCAUACGGUAUCGGUUCACCAUCAGCGUGGCAAGUCCCGCCAGCCCGCAAAACUACGAAAAACUAGACUUGUUCGCGAUGAACAGAUACGUAGAUUCCUGGAACAACAACAACAACAGGCAUCUGAUGGCUUACGACUACUCGGGAAGCUGGGACACCGUCAGCGGGCACCAAGCGAACGUAUUCUCGUACGAAAGCGGCGCCUCGUCGUCAAAGCGCCUCAGCACCGACGCCGCCGUGCAGCACUACGAAAGCCGCGGCAUCCACCCGCAGAAGAUGCUUCUCGGGCUGCCCCUCUACGGGCGCGCCUUCGAGGGGACCUCGGGGCUCGGGCAGAACUACACGAGCGUGGGCCAGGGCGGCCCGCAGCCGGGGGUGUACUACUUCAAAGACCUGCCGAAGCCCGGGGCCAAGGUGGUAUAUGACGACGUGGCGAAGGCGACGUACAGCUACGACGCCGCGGCCAAGGAACUGGUUUCGUACGACGACGUCCGGAGCACGACGUACAAGGCGCAGUACCUGAAGUGGCGCCGCCUCGGAGGGGCGUUCUUCUGGGAGGCUAGUGGCGAUAAGGGAGGUGGGCGGGGACUGGUUAAUACCAUGUCGAAGCAUUUGGAUUGGCUUGAUGAGACGCCGAAUAAUCUCUACUACCCGACGAGUCAGUAUCGGAAUAUACGGUGGGGUAUGCCUGGGGAGUAG